AUGGCCAAAAUUUACAAAGAUACGAGGGUCGACCUCCGACCAUUCUCAGCGGCCACGGUCGCCAAUAUCAACCUCACGCCUCAGCAGAGCGCGCCCCGUCGCCCGCGCUUCUCAAUCUCCUCUGCUUCUGCCUCUGACUCCGAACCCCCGAUCGCUAAAGAUGAAGACGAAUUCGCCAGACGAUACCUGACGACGCAGGGCGCAGUCUAUUUCCGCAAGCGCAGAACUUACCCGAGGACGUUCGUGUGGAGAGUCGUCAAUGAUAACAAGGUGUUGGAGAUUCAAUGCGCGGACUUGACAAAGGGUGGCUCGGAGCAUUUCGAGUACAAUGUCACUCUGCGACUCAAUUUCAACGAGCAGAUCAUUCCGUCAGGUGUCGCGUUGGCCGAUCGCGAGGACCAUGAGAUUCUCACCGUUUUUGUGAUCACGGCCUCGAAGCAGCUUCACACUCUCUCGCUUCGCCCUGAGUUCUUCCGGAGGCCGGAGUCGAUUGACGAGAACGUGUCAGACUGGUGCAAGUCGUGUUUGCCGGCGCCGUUGUCUUUCUCCUAUCCUCAUCGUCUACACGCGAGCAGCCCACUAGAGCUGUUCAUCUCUCUCGACAAUGGCGCUCUUCUGCGCUUGACGCGGAGGGCUGGUGAUGAUGGUUCGCACUGGACUCCUCUUACCUUCGACGAACGGACAUGGGGCGCUUCGAUUCGCGGCCUUGUGAAAUGGAACGCACCUUCUUCGCUGAAGCACAAUGGACGCAGUCUUGAUCCCAAUGUCGCCAAUGCUAUAGCUACCACCUCUGAUGAGACCUAUGUUUUCGCGGUUGGCUUGAAUCACACGCUGAAGAUUUGGAAUUUGGCUUCGAACAAGCUGGCUGGGACAAAGGAUCUUCUGGAUCGCCCAAUGGACCCCGCUACUGUGCCGUACACUUUAAACCCGGCGGAGACGUCAUUCAUCAGAGUGUUCAGUGCAGAGAGAGCGUUGGAUGGGAGUCAUCGGUUCUAUGUGGUCACAUAUUCCCCUUUCGAGGAUGGCCGCUUCAAAUUCUGGGCCGUCAAGGGAGGCCUGACAUCUGAUCUUGUAAUUGAAGAUCUCUUCGCGGAGGCUGUGUUCCGACCGGAGGACCCAGAUACCACGGGUAAUAUGUUCUGGAGCAUUGCCGAUUUUCAUAUCAAGGCCGUGGAUGAAGGAAAGGGCAUGGAGUUGUGGGUUCUCUGGAGAAACCACGGUCUAUAUCAACUCUAUACUCUUCACUUUGAUCUACAGACACUGGUCACUGACUGGGAGACAAACUGGGUUUCGACCACAUUCGAAACGCACCGACAAGAGCCCCUCCCUGUGCCGACGCUUGACGAUGUAGUGGACCCAACUGAGAAGUGGCUUGCAUACCUUUUGCAUCCCACUAGAUAUCUACCCGAAGUCCUUGAGACCGCACUUGCAAUCUAUCAAGAGGCUCUCAAGCCCUUGUCAGCAGCUUCAUCGGGAACACUGAAAAGGGAUGUGCCCCUCCCAGAGCGGCUUUGCGCGACGAUAGCCGCCACUGUCUCUCUGCGCAAGUACGCCGAUGAUGAGAUGGACUACACCAGGUACCGGACGGACACGGAUGCGAAGUGGCGUCAGUUCUGGCAAGUCGCGGAUGACCUCAACAAGCGCCGAUUUGAACCUAUCUCUCUCGCCUACGACUCAUACAGUGAGAUGCCAUGGCUGCUCCUGUCAGACUCCUGCGCCCUGAUUCGGGAAUGCAAUACUACUGAAUUACUCGUGAAUAAUGCCCCCGCGGACUUACGUGAUGAUGUUCCCAAAAUCGUCGACCGCUGGAGACACCGUAACCUGAGCUCCGAGCUUGGCAAUUUGUUUGAAGAGGCCUCCUCCUUGAUGAAGGUUGCCUCCGAUUUCAGGAAAAAGUUCUCGGCAGAGCUCGAUGCCGCAUGCCGUGCUGCACUCGAAGUUGAGAUCUUCACUGAGCCAUUCUCAUCGAUCACUGAUCGUAUGGACGUUUUCCGAGAACGCUGCGAGUUUGAUCAGAUUUCAAACAAGACUUUUGACAGUCUCGUAGCGUCCUUGAAUGAUUACUUUGAUGCCGAAAACUUGUCCAGCGAUGCCUUUUACGCCAUUAUUAAUACCGCCCCUCUUGGCUUCAACGGCAAAGAUUCGGAACUCAAAUCAACUUGUUUCGGCUCGCGCGUUACUGUCAGUGGUGCGCUAGAGACCAUUCUCCUCACACGAAAGAUCCUCUAUGACUUGUUAAUUUUGGUUGUCUUCGUGGAUGGCGAGAUCGAACAAGGGAAUCGUUCUCACUUCGAUGCUCCUGACCUGUUCUGUACCCUGGUCGACCUUCUCCGUGAAUACGAAAUGAUGUACUGGCUGAGCUCAAAUGUCCGCAAAUGUCCUGAUCGGUCCGUCAGCAGCGGCACAGAUUCUUCAGCAACAUUCUCACUCAAGGAUGAUAAGUUCCAAAUUCAGCACCAGAGAAGUGCGACCAUCCUUGAGGAUCUUUUUGUCUCAGACAUCAAGCCCCGUCAAGCCAUUGGCUUGCCGCAAAGCUACACAUUGACCCUUGGCAUCAGGGAUGUCCUGGCUUGGGUCACCCGACAGGGCGAAGUCGCGUAUCCCAAUGCCUUGACCUACAUCCAGUGUGAUCUUAUCGCCAAAAACAACAUCGAUCUCGCCUGGGAUUUCCUCCGAUUUCAAGCAAGCACGCCCUGGGCAACUUAUGUCAAGGGUCGCCUGUACGUGGCCAUGGCAGAAUUUGACACUGCAGCCAUCUACUUCCGAAAGGCCGCCUACCUCCUUUCCAGCGGAAAGGCCUUGGGCAACCUUCAUGAGAUGUCUUCAACACUUCUGGACCUUGUCUCUGUGAAGUCAUUCCAUGAUGGAAUCCCGAAGUACUACCAGCAUAUCCUUUCAGUGUUCGAAAAAGUGCGCUCCUUCUCGCAUGUCGCGGACUUUGCCAGCCUGGCGCUGCAGGCCCUCGACUCGGAAGUGUGGGCUGAGCAAGCUGCAGAGUACACGAGCAUGCGAACCGACUUGCUCUCCCGACUCUUCCAUGCCUCUCUCAAGACCUGCCAAUUCGAUCAAGCCUACUCCGCCCUGGCCCGGUACCAGGAUCUUGCGUUGCAGAGGUCCGCACUGAGCUCCCUCGUUUCCAACAUCCUGAUCGUCUCCGGCCCAGGACCGGCCGGUCUCAAGCAAAUCCUCCGCUUCCCCACCUCGCUCGUCCCCAAUAUCGCCUCUCACAUCGACGAAAUCCUUGUCUCUCUCGCACGGAAACAGAACACCUUCUCCUCAUGGCUGGACAUCGACAACAACGAAGCCGACAUCUCUCCAGACUACCACCGUAUCCUGCAAGCAUACCGCAUUGCCCGCGGCGACUUCCGCGGUGCCGCCGAAAUCGCCUACCGAAACGUCCAGCGACUCCGCCAAGCACGGGACGCCCCAUCCACCGCUCUGACCCGCAAAUCCAAGAAGGAAAUCCAAGAAACCGGUGUGCCUGAAGACGACAUCGAGAGCAAGGAAAUCCGCCACGAGCUCCUCUCGCUCAUGAAUCUGCUCGCCUCUGUUGACAAGAGCGAAGCUUACAUUCUUGUCGAAACCGGCCCCGUUGCCUCAACCCAUUCCCAACAGUUGCGCCGCGGCUCCACAGACGACGACGGAAAUGUCUUCAUGGAAGACGCAGAGGGCUCCUCAAGCCCCCUUCAUGGCCACCACCGGUCCCUCAGCGCUGCAUCAAUCGCCUCUGGCCGCCGAGGAAGCCGCUCUUCCAUCAGCGGGCCCGGUGUCUCGUUCAAGACUCCCGUUGAACCGCCCCAGGAGCGCGUCAUCGUUACCCUUGAACAUCUGCGCCGAGAGUACCAGUCCGAACUUGACCGUGUUAGUCGCAUUGAAAGGGGUGAUUGGGAGUUUGGGCUUCUGGAUGACGCAGAUGAGGAUGAUAACGAUGACACGAUGGUUUUGUCGUAG